AUGUCACUAUCUAAAAAGGCAAAGUUGAGCAUGCCUAAACAAAUCUGUACCCACUCGGGGUCUUUUCACGCCGAUGAGGCCUUAGCAGUCUAUAUUUUGAGGAUUUUACCGGAAUACAAGGAUGCCAAGGUUGUAAGGUCAAGAGAUCCUGUCAAAUGGGAAGAAAGCGAUAUAGUCGUUGAUGUGAGCGGGAAGUACGAUUCUAAACAUGGCCUUUUUGAUCACCACCAGCGUGAGUUUUUCGAGACCUUUAGUGAGAGCUACAAAACCAAACUCUCAAGCGCCGGGCUGGUCUACAAACAUUUCGGACAAAAUAUCAUCAAGACUUUGCAACCUCAAUUGAAAGAGUCACAAGUUGAUUUCCUUUAUGAGAAGGUAUAUAGAGAUUUCAUCGAGUCUUUAGAUGCUAACGACAACGGAAUCAGCAAUUUUGACAGUGAGGAAUUGGGCGUAAAGCCCAAAUUCCAUGAUAAAAAUAUUACAAUUCCGGGAAUUGUGUCUGGCAUGAAUCCUAACUGGAAUGAAGACAGUUCAGAUGCUAGCUUUGACAAAUGUUUUUUUAAGGCUUCAGAUUUUAUUGGUGGUGUCUUCGUAAACCUGGUCAAAGGAUAUGGUGAGUCUUGGAUGCCCGCUAAGACUUUAGUUGAAGAAGCCGUGCAAAAAAGAUUUGAGGUCGACCCAUCUGGCAAGAUUAUUGUGUUGACACAGUUCUGUCCUUGGAAGGAACAUUUGUAUGCUAUCGAAAGGGAACAGGGCAUUGAAAACGAGAUAUUGUUCGUUCUAUUCGCAGAUUCUUCUGGGAAAUGGAGAGUAUCCACAGUCUCAGUUUCUGCUACCUCUUUCAAUUUCAGAAAAGGUCUGCCUGAACCUUUGAGGGGUUUGAGAGAUGAUGAACUCAGCGAAAAGAGCGGAUUGCCAGGCUGUAUUUUUAUCCAUGCUGCUGGCUUUAUUGGGGGAGCGUCAUCAAAAGAGACUGUUUUAAAGCUCGCCCAAAUGAGUCUUUAG